AUGAAUAAUCAAUAAUUACCAACAACUAUUUAAGAAUUAGAUAUUGACACUAAAGAGUUGAAUAGAAGAAUUCGAUAAUUAUAAAAUUGGAAGGCUGUCCUCUCUAUUUUUCAGUCAGACAACUUUACUCCAGAGAUAUUGAUACAUUAUUUUAUGGCAACUUUCAAUGAGGCUGGACCUCAUCAAUAUUUAACUAACAGUUUGUAUCAUAUGCCCAAAAAGUUCAUCGAAUAUUAUAUUCCCUAAUUUGUGUAAUAUUUCAGUCUAAUAUCUAGAUAUAUGGUGGUCAAGAAUGGGUCUUAAAGUAUGGAAACUUUCUUAGAAUCAUUAAGUUCCUUAAGCAUUGCAAAUUAUUUUAAAAUACUUUGGUGUCUGAUUGCCUAUUCUUAAGAUGAAAAAAGGUAUAGCAAAAUAUAUUCUAAAUUGGAAUCCUUUUAAAGGCGAUUAGAGAAAGAAAUGAUUAAUGGUGCUCUUAAAAUGAGUAACGAUGAAAUUGAGUAAAACAAGGAUAAUCCAUAGUUUUAGGAGUUAUUGAUGAAGAAAUGCAUGGAGAAGGAGUUCAGAUCUCAUUACAUGAUUGCCCAAGACCGAUUCAUUAUUUAAAUGAUUCAAUUAUCCUUAACACUAAAAUCAAUUGAAAAUGAUAGCAGAAAGAAAUAUCUAGUAUCCUAAAUUUAAAAGGGUAAUAAUGCGAUCAAGCGAAUGACUAACAUGAAUAGGAGGUUAGCUUAUUUCAGGGGAAUAGUAAUACCAUUUUAGAGGGAUAAUGAAUAUUCCGAAGCAUCUAAUUUAAUGGUAAAUAUAUGCGAGGAGGGAGCAGCAUGUUUUAACACAAAAACUAGAGUUCCUUAUAGAAUUGUAAUUGAAACCAUCAGCAUCAUAGAACAGCAAGAAAAGAUUGAUUCAACAAAAGUAGAUGAAAAUGAAUGCGAUGCCUUGAAUGAUACUGAAGAUUUUAUAUAAAUGGAUGUACCUAAUAAUUUAGAAGAGUAAAUGAAACAGUUAACCAAUGAGAAAUAGUAGGAUACGAUUUUCAACUAAUUGAUAAAAUACGAUAGUUAGAGUUCCAGUUUUAAAGAUUUUGAUGAUUUGAAUCAAACUUUAGAAGCAAACUAAAAUUAAGAUAUGCUUAAAAAAAGAAGUAGUUCUUGGUCAGACACUGAAAAUUCAUAAGCAGCUGUAGAACGCUAGGAAACACGUAGUCCUUAAAAAAGUAAAGAUUUGGAGGAUAGCUUUUCAUAAUCCAGUUCAGAACAUCAGAUUUCUAUAUUAAAAAUUGGUGUUGUCGAAUAAAAUUAGUAAAUUUAGGGAAUUAUUUAAUCUCCAAUAUAAUAAAGAUCUUCUGUAAAUUAUAUUCAGAAUAAAUCGAAUUCUAAUUUAAAUCCAUGGGGAGAAGAUUGGAAAGAUAAAAUUAAUAGAAUUAAACAAGAAUCAAAAUUUAAAGAUUUCGAAUCUUUAUAGAUUAGGAUUAUAAUGGUGAAAGGAGGUGAUGAUUUAAGGCAAGAGUUACUAAUAAUGCAGGUGAUAUAAAAGAUGCAUGAGAUUUUUAGAUCAGCUUAAUUGAAUUUAUUUUUGAAACCAUAUGAAAUAAUAGUAGUGUCUGAGAAUUCUGGGAUAUUAGAAUUUGUUUAAAAUACAGUUUCAAUGGAUGGACUAAAGAAAUAUUUGGAUAAGCAAAAAUUAAGUUUGGUUUAGUUUUAUAAAUAAUAUUUUGACUCUGAUUACCAUUAAGCUCAAAAGAAUUUUGUAGAAAGCUUGGCAGGAUAUUCUCUACUGAGCUAUUUUUUAUAAAUAAAGGAUAGACAUAAUGGAAAUAUUCUUGUUGAUAAUUAGGGGCAUUUGAUUCACAUAGAUUUUGGAUUUGCUCUUUCAAUUUCACCAGGUAAUGCUGGAUUUGAGACUGCUCCAUUUAAGAUGACGAAGGAUUAUUUAGAAAUAAUGGAUAAUAAAAAUUCGAGCAUGUUUGAAUAUUUUAGAAGAUUGAUGUUUAGUGGAUUUAUGGAAAUCAGAAAAUACUGUGCUUCUAUCUUUUAAAUUAUUGAGAUAAUGAUGGAAAAGAGCAAUUUUAAUUGUUUUAAAUAUUUUGAUUUUUCUGAAUUCAAAUAACGAUUUUUGUUGAAUAAGACUGAGAUAUAAUGUAGACAAGAGAUUGACAAAUUAAUAUAAAUGAGCAUUGAAGACUCUCGUACUAGUACUAAGCUUUAUGAUUAAUUUCAAUAUCUAACUAAUGGAAUAUACCAUUGA